UUAUUUCUACCCAUCAACAAAAAACCCUCCUUGUUCUCCUUGUACUCAACCCGUAACAUGUGCCAUAAAACGUCGUCGUUUGGAAGCAUUUUCCUAGACUAUAAAACGCUGCUGCAUUUGAAAUUCAAAUUAAAAAAAGAAAAAACAGAAUGGAAUUACACAAGUUUUCGAAGUUCAAGCUCCAACUACAAUCUCUCAUAACUGAAGUUCGAGAUCUCAGGGACAGGGAACGCUCCUCCACCGAACAACACCGUCAUCUAAUCCAGAAGCACACGCGGAACGAGGAAGAGUGUAGCAGAAAGAUACAUGAAUUGCAGUGCGAAUUGGUUUCUAUUAAAGAAGAGAGACAGAAAUUGGAGAUAAAGGUGAAUUACUUACAGAAUGAUAAUGUGUUGCUUGAAAAUAAACAGAAAGAGUUGAAGGGAACACUGAAUAGCUUACUUCAGUCAAGGGAAAACUUUGUGACUGCUUAUGAGGAAUCUACUUCUCAUAUGAAACGUUCAAUUGAAACCAAGGAUAGGAUGCUUGGUGUCCUCUCAGAGAAGAUAAAUUCUCAUCUGCUAUUAUUUGAUUCUAUAGAGAAGGAGGUGUUUUAUAUCAAGCAAAUUUUGGAUAAAGUCCAGAACAUGGUCAAAGAUAAAGAAGAAGUUGUGAUCAGCUUUAAAAACAAAAUGGAUCAGGUCUCUGCGUUCGAAAAAGAAUUUGUUGAACAUAUCAAUGACCUAAGAAGUAAUCUGGAAAAUAAAGAGGCCGAGUCAAGAAGAAAAGAUAGAGUCAUCUCAGAUCUUGAAGCAAAGCUUGAUGAAGCAAAACUUAGCAAUAAUAACCAAGUUCAAAUAGAAGAUCUUCAGAAAACUUUAUUUGCAAAGGAUACAGAGAUACAUAAUCUAAUUUCAAACAAAGAGGCUUUACAUUAUGAAGUUGGAAGCUUAAGACUCAUCUUACAGAGGUUUCAGGGCACUAUUACUAAUAUGAAUGAAGAGUACAAAGGUUAUUCUAUUCCAGGACAAAAGGUUGUUCUUGUCAAUUUUGCAACAUAAAGAAGCAAGUGCAGCAGAUAUGAAGAUAGCAAAUAUUAGGAAGGAAGACAUUGUUCAAAACAUUGAAGAGAAGUCUCAAGAACCUACUUGAUUGUUUUAUUACAAGGCAGAGGUUUGUAGAGUCUUUGAAUUCUGUUUUUAAAUACUUAAAUCAUAGUAAUUUGACCCGAUUAUACCGACAACAACUGAUAUUGUUUAUGAUUAUUAGCUAUAUGAGAAAGAGAAACAAUAACUUUGAACCAUGGCAGUCAAAAUUGGGACAGCACAUUUUUCCUGGAGAUGUUUUCUUAUUCUUUUGUCUUAGAUUUCAUUGUUAGCAAUUGAUUGGUACACCUAGUCCACAAAUAACCAAAGAAGCACAAAAUUUACAAUUUUCGGCAAUUGAUCUUUGUGAAUGGAAAUUCUUAGUUUAGUUGUAUAUGUUCCUCAAAAGUUUUCAACAAAAAAGGAAAAUACAUUUGUUUGCUUAUUUUUGCAAAGUGAGUUUGGUUUCCUAGAGUGGUUCUAAGACAGAAAAAAAUGAACAGCAUUCAUAUGCUGAAAAUCUUUAGUCAAUGCAGAUUUAAGAAGAAAUCUAGGAGAAGCUAUUAGGUAACAAUAAAGGUUGAGGUUAGCUUACUAGUGCAAAAGGUCCUCCCUUUAGUGAGGAAGUUUGGAUUGGUAGUUACUAUUGUAACUAUUAUCUGUAUCUUGUGAUUGAGGAAA